AUGUUCAUACUCUUCAGAAAACAUCUCUUCUCCUUCUCUCUUAUUAUCAUAUGCUUAACCAACACCACCACCUUAGCUCAGCCACCACCUUUCUUCCACCACAUAUGUGAGAACAAAGCUAACUACACCAUAAACAGUACGUACCAAAGAAACCUCGACACCGCCCUCUUGGCCCUCCCCACCACCAACUCCGGCUUCGGCUACUACAACUUCACUAUCGGCCAACUCAGCGACAGAGUCAUCUCCUUCGCUCUUUGUCGUGGUGAUAUCAAACCCGAUGCAUGCACAAAGUGUUUGAAUGACUCCAUCAUUAAGUUAAUAGAACUCUGCCCCAACCAAACAGAAGCUAUAGCAUAUUACGAGUCAUGCUUUUUGAAAUACUCCAACGAGACUGGAAAUACAAAUACUGUGAUUUUGGCGAGCCCCGUAAGUGUGGGUAAUGUUGAUCAGUUCAAUAGGGCUGUUAGAGAGUUGAUGGAUUAG